AUGAUACCCGAAGCCGAGUCCUACCUCGCGACCGAGAACAUCGACGGUGCUGUGGCCAAGAUGGAGGAGAUGAAAGGCUACAAGAUGCGCAACAUGCACCUCAUCACCUCCGACGAGGCGGUGAACUACCUGAGGUCGCUGGACGACUGGCUCGAGCAAAAGAGGGUCGCUAUCGAAGCCAUCCGCAUGCGGCGGAUGAACCUGGGCAACCAGCCGCCGGCCUCUUCCUCGUCGUCAUCGCCUUCUUCGCAGUCGGUCAACUACGUCAACACCAACACCUCUUCGCCCUCCUCCUCGGCCCAGUACGUGCACUUCCAGAGCUCCCCGGCCGCCGCACCCGCCAGCGCGCCGGCGGCCACUCCGUCGGCCCCACACCACCACCAGUCCACGUCAUCGCCCUCGCCGCCGACGUCAUCGCAGACGACCUACGCCGCCGUGCAUUCAUCGAGUUCCGCUCCGUCGCCGCUGGUGCGAAGCCGGGAGGUGACCGGGAAUGUGCAGUAUGUGUCGACAGCGGGCGACGGACCCAAGUCCGACGGGAGCAUCCAGUACGCCGACCCCUCGGCCGCCAGCUCGUCGGCCUAUGUCGACACGUCGUCGGCAGCCGCGGGGAAAGGCUCGGCGCCGGCCUACGCCUACGCCAAGGUCAACGGCGGCGGCGACUCGAAGCCGUUGACCUACGUUGACUACGACGCGGCGAAGAAAAAGAAGGACUCGGCCGACGGCGACGACCUCAAACAGCGGAAUGCGAAGCUGCUCGAGGCCAUCCAGUCCAAGUACAACUACCGCGAGAUCGAGUACGACGAGCUGCGAUUCGUCGAAAAGAUCGGCGCCGGCGCCUUCGGUGCUGUGUACAGGGGGACGUGGCGAGGGUCGGUUGUGGCGAUCAAGAAGCUGCACGACUUUGAUUGGUUCAACAUGGAGACGGUGGAGGAGUUCAGGCGCGAGGCGGCCCUCGCGCAGCUGCUCUCGAACCACCCGAUGGUGGUCAACUUCAUCGGGGCGUGCAGCCAGGCGCCCAACUUCUGCAUGGUCUCCGAGUUCUGCGACCAGGGCAGCCUCGAGAGCGUGCUCCGCGGCAAGAACGCCGUCGCCGACAUUCCGCUCAAGACCAUCGUGCGCAUCAUACGCGACGCCGCCGCCGGCAUCUACCAUCUGCACUGCGAGGGGGUGAUCCACAGAGACAUUGCCGCGCGGAACAUCAUGAUCGGCCCCGACUUCUCGGUGUUCGUGGGCGACUUUGGCUUCGCCAGGCUGAAGGAAAAGGGAGCGGCCUAUGCAAAGACCAAGUCGUCGCUGGGUCCAGUCAAGUACAUGAGCCCCGAGUCGAUCAAGGAGAAGAAGUACUCGGAAAAGACCGACGCCUACAGCUUCGCCGUCCUCAUGUGGGAGAUCCUGACCCGGAAGGAGCCCUACGAAGACGAGCCCCUUCUCCAAAUCGCUCUCCGCGUGGCCUCCCAAGGGCUGCGUUUGGAGGUGCCGCCGGACACGCCACAGCCGCUGGCGUCGCUCAUGAAGGAGUGCUGGGAGCAGAAGCCGGACGACCGGCCCACCUUCCCCGCCAUCAUCCAGCGCCUCCACCAGUUCUACGACUCGCUCGCCGAGUGA